GCGAAAAAAUGCGAGUAAAAAGGAACGGAACGGAGAAUGGACGAAUCCGAUUGGCCGCGCCAUGUUGUUAUCAUUUUUCUUCCCAUUUCGAUACACAAGUCGUGAAAAUCGUGACGUCGCCGGCAAACGAGCGUCUGCUCCGCGUCAAGUGUCAAGUCUCGUGCGAGAAAUAGGUGUCUAUUAUUAUUGACGCAAUUAUCUGCGUCUCCUGUGUGCUUUUCCGAUUUGGAGACUGUACGAAAAAAUAGGUCCUCGAAAAGGAGAUGAGGAAGAGAGGUGAAGGGGAGGAUUCGAAGAUGUGCAGUUUCAACAGGACGAGAGAAAAAGACGGAUUUUUCAUAUUUCAUCGCGUUUCCGAGAUGUCAAAUAAAUAAGUAGAUCCAAGAGUUCGAUCUACAAACAAGAUGCUUGAUUUCUCCUGUGACACGUUGAUGGAGGGGGAAUGUUGAAUGAGAUUCAAAGAACAACGAGUGUGACAAUCUUAAGAUAGAAAAUGGAUCUAAUGUGCAUCACAGACUACAAUAAUGCUUGUAAAAGACGAUGAGAAGUAUAUGCGCAGAAAACUAAUACAAUACAUCUACUUAAGAUACAUGUGAUAAGACUUGGAGUCAAUCUCGAAAUGCAGGAAAGUGCAUUGAAGAUGUUGAAGAAGCAUUCUGCAUAAAUUGCAUGUUGCGAAAGCAUUACUGGGCAACGAUGAAUCUCUGAGCUCAUUGCACAGCGAUACCCUGAUGCACUUCUGGAUCAACAAACCGGCGGGCAGGUACUACGGCUUCACCGGCCGCCGAUACCCCGCCACACCUGUGCCCAAAACACGCAGCCAAUGUCGGCGCGGCGGCGAGCUCAGGCAAAUGGUGACUCCGGUGCGUCGAUUUCAGGGCCUCGCAGGUAACUUCGCAGCCGGAAACGCAUCGUCAGCCGGGCCUAGUAAUAUCAAUAAUUCCUGCCGAAGCAUCGUCGCCCGGUCGACCACGACGACGACGUCAUCCGCGCGAAUCCACAACAACGAGAACCGUUCGUCGACGUCGCUCAGCGCCGCCCAACUCGCUCAGCUGAACAACAUCCCCAACAACGUCACCGACGCUAGCAACAAUCAGCUGAUUCUAUCUAACACGACUGGUGCGGGCGGCACCAACAGAAAUCUACUGGGCUUCUUUGAAUUCAGCGACGCCGAACUGGCUGGCUACCGACUACGUUGCGCCGUCUGGAUCACGUUCGUCUUGGCGACGGGUUUCGUGGCGGCCGCUAAGUUCUACUUCGGUUAUAGGGGGCCAGGCUUGGAGAUACUCAUGUUUUGCGGGCUGCUGAUACUGCUGCUGUCGGCAUGUCUGUACUCGAUCUUCUGUCGUCGUCACGAUCAAAGCCAUUAUCACCACGGCAGUCGACCGGAGCACAGUGCUCGCAUGCAGGAGGAUCACCUGGCCGCUUUGACGAACGCGUCUGGUAUCGGCGAAACCGUCGUCGGCAGAAUGACAACGACGGUGUCGACAACGGCGACGGCGAUAAGACAGAACCCACCGCCGCCACCUUAUCACAUCGCCAUCCUGAUACCGCCGCUGCCACCUACGUUCUCGGACGAGGCGCCGCCACCCAGUUACGACAAGGUAUGCGAUGAGAUCGCCGGACCAGCGUGAAAUUCUUCAAGGUCGGACUCGUCCGAAAAUCUUUCUUCCUUCGCGACAUUCUCGUGUCUCCACUUACACUUACGCAAGAGGUGGCCGCAAAUCAAUUCUCUUUAGGAUUAGGAUUAACUUUCACGUCUGUGAUAGGAACGCAAUCGACGAUAACACAUCGACAACACAACGGGAGAUUGAGAGAUUCGGAAAAAAAGAAGUUAUAUUUAGAAGUUAGCUAUAUUUUCUAGUGGGCAUUAUAGUGGGGGAGCAGAGGAUGGGAACCACGCUCCUCCACCGAAUUUACGUUUACAGUGCGGGUAAACUCUAUUCUAAUCUUUUUAUACUACGAGAUACUGUGUGAUAUAUUUGGCUUAGCUUUAGCUUGGCGCAAAACAGCGCAAACUCGAGCGAUCUUAUUCCAUUUGAUCAAUUUUAUUGAUUCUUCCGGUUCUGAGGACUUCCUUAAAUACAUAUAAUUAUUCCAAGAAUUCGCUAUGAAUCAUUACGUUCGAUUACCUCGUUACUUUCAUGAGUCACUUAUAUUAUAAGGAUGGAGAGGAUUAUUCUUGUUACUCACGUACAGACAUACAUAUACACAGACACUCACGAUAUGAAAGAAAAGAAGCGCACAAAUUUAAACAUGCGAUUCGAGUCGACGUAUCGAGUUUGCAAAACACACGGCUCGAUCGACGUUACUUACAAUAAGCAGCUAAUAAUAGGCACGUUUGACGUACAGUAUCAGUUUUCAAGCAGGUGUUCAACGACCUGUUCAUCAAACGUGCACGAACGUUACCGAAUAUCAUAUACACAAGUACGGUUUAAAUCUCGUGGCUUCACGACGAACAAUACGUAAGCAUGCGAUGUUUCAUGAUAAUUUAUGAUGUUAGCAAGCUAUGAGCGUGAAAUGUAAUACGAUUUUAUAUUUCUUUUUCCAAGAAUGCAAGAGAGAGAGAGAAAGAAAAGGAAAGAAAAUAUGUGUAUGCAUGCCUGUAAAUGAUUCUUUAUGUUAUAACUCUGUAUAUAUUUAAGGACAAGUACAUAUAAUACAUAUUGAGAUCUCGUA